CGCUCGCGCAGCUGCAGCCCGCAGCAGACGUGGAGUUUUUACUCUGUCUCUGCGGUGGGUUUCUCGCAGCCUCUGCCCGGGACCUCCUGGAUUUAAGCCCCUUCUAAAAGGCGUUUACCCAAAUGCAGCCUUCCUUGCGCAUCCCGAGCUACCUAAGCAUGUUCUAACCCAGUGACUAAAACAGUACAAGCACCACUCACCAAUAAAAAACUGUGACCGACUCUUUUACUGAAUAUAUGGGUGGCUCUGAAAAGAGCCUUUGGGUUGAGAGUGACGGUCCGAGGCGCCCUACUUGGAGCUGGUGUACUUGGUGACAGCCUUGGUGCCCUCGGACACGGCGUGCUUGGCCAGCUCGCCGGGCAGCAGCAGGCGCACGGCCGUCUGGAUCUCGCGCGAGGUGAUGGUGGAGCGCUUGUUGUAGUGCGCCAGGCGCGAGGCCUCGCCCGCGAUGCGCUCGAAGAUGUCGUUGACGAAGGAGUUCAUGAUGCCCAUGGCCUUGGACGAGAUGCCCGUGUCGGGGUGCACCUGCUUCAGCACCUUGUACACAUAGAUGGAGUAGCUCUCUUUCCUAGUCUUUCUACGCUUCUUGUCACCUUUCUUUUGAGUCUUGGUGACAGCUUUCUUAGAGCCUUUCUUGGGAGCGGGAGCGGAUUUAGCUGGUUCCGGCAUUUUACGGGUCUGUCUAUACCUGGCUACCGCAGGAACGACCUCGGCUCCGUGACGUCAAAUACAUUGCAUCUUCCAUUGGUCGACUUUCUCAUCUGCAUUCCCAUUGGCUAAAUUCACAAUCCCUGUCUCCUCCAAUCAGAAGUCCAAGCGACCCUCAGAAGGAAGCUCUGUGAGUCAUGUCCGGGCGCGGGAAGCAGGGCGGCAAGGCGCGGGCCAAGGCCAAGUCGCGCUCGUCGCGGGCCGGGCUGCAGUUCCCCGUGGGCCGCGUGCACCGGCUGCUGCGCAAGGGCAACUACGCGGAGCGCGUGGGCGCCGGCGCGCCGGUGUACCUGGCGGCCGUGCUAGAGUACCUGACGGCCGAGAUCCUGGAGCUGGCGGGCAACGCGGCCCGCGACAACAAGAAGACGCGCAUCAUCCCCCGCCACCUGCAGCUCGCCAUCCGCAACGACGAGGAGCUCAACAAGCUGCUGGGCAAGGUGACGAUCGCGCAGGGCGGCGUGCUGCCCAACAUCCAGGCCGUGCUGCUGCCCAAGAAGACCGACAGCCACAAGGCGAAAGCCAAGUAAAUCUCAUCUGACUAACAACCCAAAGGCUCUUUUCAGAGCCACCCACAUCUUCCUAGAAAGAGCAGGAACGCUUGACCCCUGGAAUACGUGCUGUGUUAAUAUACCUGAAAACUUGGAAUUUUAAGGGGUGGCGUCUAAAUGUUUUAUAUCUGGGCUCUGCCUUCGUGUUUUGUAGCUUCCUCCCUUUUUUCUUUAUCCUAGAAGUUACUUAUGUAAGCGUGAGUCAGUUAACCUUUUUGAAAAAAUCAAUAAAAGGUGGCGGUUGCCACGGAAGAAAUCGGUCACCGCUGUACGGUUUGAGGAGAGAUACGGACUCUGCAAGGCUGCGCUCGCUGCCUCCCAGCCGCCAGUGACGAUGGAUCCGCCAGAGGACACCGCGAUGAGUGACGAGCAUCUCGCCCUGCCAGCUGGUAAAACCAGCCCGUGUUUUGAAUGCUUCUAGGGCUCCUUUUGUCAACCUGGACUCUGCGGUUUUUGUACUCUGCCGUUUAUUUAUACCGUGGCUGCUGCCCGGCCUAAGGGGGAAAAAACCCAACAACCAAACAGAAACAAACAAAUAAAACCCUAAACAACCCAAGGAGCAGCUGGGAUGUUCCAGCUUGCUCUGUUAGAAAAUAUUAUUUUGGUUCUGCAGGCUUCAAAGCCGAGAGAGCAGUGGACCAUCCUACAUGAUAAAAUACUUCUAUCAGGAGCUCCUGAUCAUGGCAUCCUUCCCCUUGCUCAUUCUGUCCUCGAACACUCAAUGCAUGGCUGCAGGUACAGAAACAACCCUGCCAUGGUAACAGGGCUGAUGCAAACAAAGCUUUUUUUUUCCUCUCCAGGAGGCACCUCUGCAUAUCACAUCUUGGAGAGGUUGAUUGUUUCAGGCCUCUGCACUCUGCAUGCAAAUGAUCCCUCUUUUCUCCUUUCAAAUAGAAAGCAAGUCCUCUUCCUGUAGAAGCUACAGGUUUUUCCUGUCAUGGGAUUCCUCUACUGCCUUCACAAGUAUUUUCUGAGGGAAUCAUGGGAAUACCAGCACAAACCAGGGUGCUAGCAGCCUGGAAGCCCAAGGAAAAGCAGUAGUUAAGCACUCAAAUAGGAGCUUUUUGGAGGAGAUGGACUCCACUGUGGGUGGACAGGAGCUGCCAUGAUCCAUGCUGGUGUCCAGCUUCCAGCUGGAGGAGUGCAGCUCUGGGUGUAUCAGCUCUGGCCUUGGGCACACACCUGCAGGUAACCGGGGUAGCCUGAGGCACAGCCAGGAGGAAAUCCUCUGUGCCCUGGGCAGACAGACAGACAGACAGACCCACGGGGCACUCAGUCCCUUCUCAGGUCGGCUGUCUGUCUCUGCCCCGAGAUGCGUGGGAUGGUUCUGAGGCAGCCCACGCUCCAAAGAAUGAGUCUGGACUCUUCACUUUUCAGUCUUCAGGUUGUUUAUUAUUUCUUAUCUACAAAAUUUUCUUUCUGCCCAGCCGAGAUCUGAACAGCAAGGCAGCCAAAGGCACUCUGACUGCCCCUGAGGCGGUGUCAUCUUUAUAUACUACAAACUACAUAUAUCAUAUUUACUUUUAAUUCCCAAUUCCCAUCACCUGUGUUAGACAGUGCACUUUUACUCUAAACCAAUCCCCAAGUGCCAACAUCACAGCAGAAAAUGGAUGACAAGAAGAAGAAAGAAGGACAAGACAUGCCCUGAUUCCUCCAUCUUGUCUCCAUAGCCCCUAUACCAAAAACCCCAAAAUCUAUAUUUUCACCCUGUAAAUACAUCAUUCCUGCACCAUUCAAACUUGUGUGGCUCUCAUGUCCUCAUACACAGGUGGCAAAUCUCUAGAAAGAUCAAAGUCAAGCCAUCAGGUACUCCUGGCAACAUUCCAGGACUUCCGAGCCCCCCAAGAGGGUUCUCAGCAACUCUGGACAUCUGGAGGGAUGUGCUGAGCUCCCACAGUCCCUGACCCAGGCUCAUCACAUUAGCCCAGGUGAAUGAGAAGGAAAAUUAGGACGGAGCUGACCAAGCUUCAGAGAGUCUGGCAGCAAUUCAGGCACACUGAGGUGUAAAAGGUGUGAUUCUCCUUUAUUGUGUGGGGUUAACCACAGGGGCUGUGCAGGGAUUGCCAGCUUGGAGUCUCCAUGGCAGUAGGGUGCACAAAGCCUUAAUUUUGCUUGUGCUGCAGCUUUCAAAAAUAUUUUCUUCUCAGUGGAAAUAGACAAGUUCUGUAAUAUCUAGUCGUGUUGAUCAUCACUCUCAGCAAAAAUCCAUCUCUAUUUUUAGCUGGGCUUGUACAUUUCAUAUGAUAGUGCUCUGGGAUGCUCAUCUCCCUAGGAAGAUGAUGCAAAAAAAGAUUAUUCCUUUCCCUCAGAAAUGUUUCAUCUAAAUAAAGUAGCACUAUCAUAAGCUUUUGCUUUAGGGGAUGAACCAAAUCUGUAUCUCUGAUUUUCAGUAUUUCCAUCAGGAUACUUUUAGCUGAUUUAAAAAACAUACCACAGAGACUUUCUAAGUUAAUAUUAAUUCUCCUAAGGAGGUGAAACUACAUGUGCUGGCUGAUCCACUGAGAGAUCAGUAACUCCUUCAGCUCAGCUAACAGCUUUCCUGAAAAGAAAAGCAGAUCAUUAAAGAGAAAACAAAUUUGAAAAUCACAUUGUUUCAACAGCCUCCUCAAGGGGAUGGUUGUCUUUUGGGAUGGACAGGAGUGUUGGGAGGAAUGUCAGGAUGAGAGAUUGAAAGCAGAUGCAGAGGGGAAGAGAAGUGCUGAAUUGCUGACACUCCUAGAGUGAGCAAAGGAGUGGAGUCACUCUCUCAGCAAUUCCUGCCAUCCCCAACCUGCCCUGCACUGCAGCGUGCCCUGCCUGCCUGCCCACAGCACGGGACACAACUCAGGCUCCUCCAACUCGCGCUGCCUGAUCAGGAAAAGAGCCUGUGCUCUUCUCCUAUUGUCCUGAUUAACAAGAAAAGAUUAGAUAGAUAGAUAGAUAGAUAGAUAGAUAGAUAGAUAGAUAGAUAGAUAGAUAGAAAUUCGUAGUGCAUAUACUCACCUGUUGGUUUUGACUAAAAAAAUAAUCCAUGUUGAUGGAACACCAGGAGUGAAGGAUGAACACUGGCCAUUAAACAUGAGACUGGCCAUAAAGUAAAAGAUGUCAUACAGGAAAUGAAGUGAUAUUUCAGAAUUCAGUGAAUUCACAUUACUUAGAACUCCUUUUUUCUUUUUCAUAACAUUAAAAUGUUUGAGUUCCUGUCAGCAGGUUAUUUGCUCCUCCUUUUGGUUUAAUUUUGUGUAUCUUCAGAAGUGUCCUAAUACUUCAAUACUUCACAGACUUUAUACCCACAGAUGCUGGCAAGAAGUUUAGAAAAGUAACACACAAAUAAAGUAUGUUAAAAUAAAACCAAGAAAAUUAAGCUACGUGGUGUGGAAAAGAUAAAUUUGGGUAAGCAUUGCAUAGACAACCUUGAAAUAUAGAAUAUUUCCUCAAAUAACCCAAGCACACUGUAAUGCAUGAAUCUAUUCUAUGUACUUUUAUAUUGCUGUCAUAUCCACAAGGAUUCUAUGUAAAAUUUGCAAUAAUAAAAAAUUACUCAAUAA